UUUUUAUCACAAACUCCCUCCUCCUCACAAUACGAAAUGCCAUUGUCAUACCAGACACAUCACCCAGGAAGGGAGCCACCCAUGUCCAAGCCCACUACCUUCCCCCUUUCCCCCAGAUCUGAUGGCAUAGGGGAGAUUCAUCGGUGAGUAAGGUCCAGAUCUAGCAAGGAUGAGCCACGCCCAUACAUGGACCUUCCUCGCCAUUGAAUCUCAGCCAUGCCAUCAAUCGACCACACAACCAAGGCGACAACACCACCUCCCUGCUGUUUACAAGAUCUAAUGGCCAUAAGGGUGGUUCGUUAGUGAGCAAGGUCCAAAUAUGGCGAGGAUGAGCUAUAUCCCUACCUGGAUCCAGAUCACAAUCACUCUCGGAAUGAUGUUAUGCCAAUGCUUCUACCUCUGCCAGUCCCACGCCAGGAACAAGUGACUGUUGCAACUGCUUGCAUCUUUCUUGCUUCCAAGAUUGAAGACACUCCUUGCCAACUAGAACGUGCCGUUAUUGUGGCACAUGAAACAAUGUUUAAGAGACAACCUGAUGCUGCUCGCAGAAUCAAGCAGAAGGAGGUCCUUGAGAAGCGGAAGGACCUAAUUUUAACGGGGGAGGCACUAUUGCUUUCAACCAUUAGGUUUGAUUUCAAUAUACAGCAUCCGUAUGAGCCACUAAAGCUCGCUCUCAAGAAUCUGGAGAUCUCCCAGAAGGAAGUGAAACAAGCUGCGAUAAAUCUUAUAAAUGAUACGAUUCGGACUACAUUGGUAGUACAAUUUAAACCACACUACAUAGCUGCUGGAUCUCUCUUCCUUGCCGCCAAGUUUCAUGAUGUUAAACUUCCUUCUGAAAAUGGAAAACUAUGGUGGCAUCAAUUCGAUGUUGCUCCAAAGCAAUUGCAAGCUGCUAUCCAGCAAAUGAGAGUGAUCUUUGUGAAAAGAAACCCACACCCGGCGGGUCCUGCUAUCCAGCCCAUUCCAGCUCCUGCUCCGGUGGAGAAACAGCUGACAGUAAGCUUCCCGAGGCCUGCUCCGAAGGAGAAACAGCAGACAGUAAGCUUCCUGAGGCCUGCUCUGGUGGAGGAACAUCAGACAGUAAGCUUCCCGAAGCCUGCUCCGGUGGAGGAACAGCAGACAUCCCUGAAGCCAGCUCCCGUGGAGAAGCAGCAGACAGUAAGCUUCCUGAAGCCUGCUCCAGUGGAGAACCAGCAGACAGUAAGCUUCCUGAAGCCUGCUUUGGUGGAGAAAGAGCAGACAGUAAGCUCCCCGAAGCCUGCUCUGGCGGAGAAACAGCUGACAGCAAGCUCCCUGAAGCCUGCUCCGUUGGAAAAACAGCAGUCAGUAAACUCCCUGAAGCCAGCUCCUGUGGAGAAACAGCAGACAGUAAGCUUCCUGGAGCCUGCUUUGGUGGAGAAAGAGCAGACAGUAAGCUCCCCGAAGCCUGCUCUGGCGGAGAAACAGCUGUCAGCAAGCUCCCUGAAGCCUGCUCCGUUGGAGAAACAGCAGUCAGUAAACUCCCUGAAGCCAGCUCCUGUGGAGAAACAGCAGGCAGUAAGCUUCCUUAAGCCUGCUCCGGUGGAGAACCAGCAGACAGUAAGCUUCCUGAAGCCUGCUUUGGUGGAGAAAGAGCAGACAGUAAGCUUCCAGAAGCCUGCUCUGGCGGAGAAACAGCUGCCAACAAGCUCCUCGAAGCCUGCUCCGGUGGAGAAACAGCUGCCAACAAGCUCUUCGAAGCCUGCUCCGGUGGAGAAGCAGCAGUCAGUAAACUCCCCGAAGCCUGCUCCGGUGGAGAAACAGCAGUCAGUAAACUCCCCGAAGCCUGCUCCGGCGGAGAAACAGCUGAUUAUAAGCUUCCCGAAGCCUGCUCUGGUGGAGAAACAGCAGACAGCAAGCUCCCCGAAGCCUGCUCCAGUGGAGAAACAGCAGACAGUAAACUCCCUGAAGCCUGCUCCGGUGGGGAAACAGCAGAUUAUAAGCUUCCCGAAGCCUGUUCUGAAGUAUAGAUACUCAAGGAGAGACCUGAGAAACACCACAGUUCCAAUUGUAACUCCGACUCCAACUCUGGUGAAGAAACAGCAGAAAAUAAGCACCCCAGAUGGCCCUGUUUCGCAUGCCUUCUCUCCAAGGGGAGUCCUAAAUGGACCCACUUCAGCUCCAACUAUAACUCCAAACCCGAUGAAGAAACAGCAGGCAAUUAGCACUCCAGACUCUGUUCUGAGGCAAGCACACCCUUCAGUUGGAGGAGUGAAGCGCACUAGAUCUCCAGCUCAAGUUAGAACCUUGGUGAAGAAACAGAAGAUAAUAAGUAGCCCAGACUCUGUUGUGAGGCAUGCACGCCCUUCAGUUGUAGUAGUGAGGCCCACUGGAUCUCCAGUUCGAGCUAGAACCCCGGUGAAGAAAUCCCAGAUAAUAAGGGCCCAAGACUCUGUUCCGAGGCAUACUCGCCCUUCAGUUGGUGGCGAAAGAAGGCCCAGUACAGCUCCAGCUCCAGCUUCUGCUCCUGCUCCUGCUAGUGCUCCGGUGAGGAAACAACAAACAAUAAGCACCCCAGACUCUGUUCCGAGGCAUACUCGCCCUUCAGUCGGUGGCGAAAAAAGGCCCAGUACAGCUCCAGCUCCUGCUCCUGCUAGUGCUCUGGUGAGGAAACAACAAACAAUAAGCACCCCAGACUCUGUUCCGAGGCAUACAGAUCCUUCAAGGAAUGAAGAUAGCAAGCCACUGCGAAUGCAUGUGGAUCAUAGCAGUAGAACUGCCAAAGAUGGUAGGCUGGAGAAGCCAUCUUUCCAGGCAGCUUUAAACGCCAAUCAUGGUCACCAUGUCGGCAGCGGACCUAAAGAUGUAAAUAUGACAAGGGUCCCAAACUUGGUCGGACAGAAGAGAAGGAUCCAGGAGGCUGCUAGAGAGCCUCCAGCUCCGGCUGAUAGAUGUGCUGGAGAUGCUUCGAGGAGGCCGCAGCUUAGAAGUUUGAUUGUCGCCCCAUCAUCCUGGGAGAAACAGAAGAUCGAUGUUUAAGUUACCGUUCUGUAAAGACCCAUUGGUACUGCUAUUAAAGACAAUGGUUUGCCUGUAGAGAACUAGAGAUGUUGUGUUAUUGUGGAAAAUGAACAGUGAUUAAGUUAUGGAUGCCAUGUGAACCGCGAUUGUGAGCACCAGGGAGGAAUAGAGAUGAAAGCAAGUUGCGGCAGAAUGUUUGCUGCCAAGUUUUGUACGCUCGAAGGCGCUUGAUUGUUAGCACCAAGAAGGAAAUAGAGAUGGAAACCGUGGUGGAUGCUGUGUAGAUUGAUGUAGUCUUGAAAAGAUGCUGUGUAGAUUGAUGUAGUCUUGAAAAGUCUGUUGUCUAAUUUAAAAGCCUAGGAAACUGAGAGAUGUAAUCCAAUGUUGUUCUGUAAAUUUGAUGUUGUUCAUGGAGGCAAAAUCUGUUCGUCUAAUUUAACCUUAGGGGAAACCGAGAAGGGAUAGAGGUGGUAGCAGAGAUUGCAGUGUAAAUCUGAUGUAAUAUAUAUGCGAAGGCAUUCAUUCGUUUGUCUAA